AUGGCGUCAGUAACAUUAAAGUGUAGUGGCUGUUUCCAAGUUAUAACAAACAAGCAAUAUUUAAUAUGUUCUAAAUGCAAUGAAAGUUAUGAUCUAGAUUGCGCGAAUGUUAGUUCUAAACGUUUUUAUAAUAUUAUGUCUCCUGAGCGCAAAAAUAAAUGGAUUUGUCAAACUUGCCGUAGUAACAUGCCUAAAACUAUAUACACAAAUACCCCCAUACGCGACCUGAAAUUAAACAUAUUUACAGGCUUGACUGAAGAACAACAAUCUCCUAGUAUAAGUAACAUUACUCUGAGAACAAAACGUACCUCCAAUGCAAAUGAUAGCAUCUUUAGAGACUCUGAUUCGAGCGUUUUCGGAGACACUCUACGGGACUGCUCGCUAUAUAUGCAGCAGACUAGUACUACUACUGCUAGUAUUGGAACUGAUAUGCCGGCAGAAAAGUUAGUUAGCCCUAUCAUUUUACAACGUUGGGAGGAAAUACUGGAUAAAAAACUAAACAUAUUAAAGGUACAAAUAGUCACUGAGCUAAAAGAAUCAAUUUUAACUGAAAUUGAAAAUAUUGCUUCAAAAACUGUUACAAAGGAAACGCAAGUAAUCUUACCACAGAACGUCGAGGAUAAAAAAAUUAACACAAAAAAUAACUGA